AUGGCGGCGUGGCUGGAUGCUGCCUUUGAUGGCGAGGGCUGGUCUCUCAUCGACACUGGACGGCUUCACGAAAUUGUCCAAGAAAUGACCUAUCCAAAGUCACAAUAUCCAUUCUUGAUCUAUUUUGCAGGAAAUACGAGCCGUCUGAGGGCACUGAGGACUCUAUUCCCGCGCAAUAAUGUUACACGUAAGGGCCCUGGGGGCUUAGUACGCCUUCACCUUAGCACGGCUACUGCGCAAAAGGAGCAACCAGUUAUGUUUGCCGAAACCGACCUUUUCACCCAAAACGGAUUGGGGGAUACCAUUUCACCAAGGUAUCGAUUUAAAAACCUCAGAAGGUUCCACCUGCCCGUUCCAGACAAAAGCGCGUCUGUAGAAGCAAAAUGGAAGAUCAUUGAGAAUAACGUUUUACCAUGGACAAGAGUUUUCUGUCUCUUUGUAAACUCCGCCUCGGAGAUGAAGACUGCGCAAAGCCUACUACAAGGUCCACGUCGGAGGUUAACAGUCGGUGAUCAGCCUCUCCCUGAGAAUAUGCGUGUUAUCAUUGUUUUAACUGAAGAAGAUGGGGAUCAUUCAGAAUCAAAUGACUGCUGCUUCAGCAUGGCGGAGAAAGAGCUUCCAAACCAAACUAUACUGGACCUUCGACACCGCUCCGGGCUAUCUGAACCGGUUAUAUUUGAGCCCCUGCGCUGUCUCAUUAUGGACCAGUUGUAUGAAAUGAAUACAAUAGAGCGAACUGGGCACAAUGUUCUCUUCUCAGCAAUACACCUGAAUACGCUCUGGAACGCUGACUUACAACUGCAAGAGAAUUGGCAAAAGAAGCUUGAUCUCGACUGCUUACAGAUUGCUCGUGGAAAUUUCCCUAAAAACAUCGCACUGUCUAAUUGUUUGGUCGAAUUUAAAAAGAAAAUGGGGACCUCACGGUGUCCAGACUCCGAGCUCCAUAGAUUCAUUGCUUCAGCGCUCCUGAUGGAUGCUUAUCCGCCAGAAAUGCACACUCACAACCGCAAUCUAAAAGGGUUUCCACCAGAGCUGGUUUUCAGAGAUAUCUAUGAAAAGCACUGCCUGGUUGCAUAUCCCACUCUGGAGUCUACCGACCAUUGUCAAGGUAUUAUGCGUGAGUUCAGUCGAGAAUUUACGAAAUUGCAUCCGCAUAAUGCUUCCGCUACGCUCCGGCUCAGAAGUUUGAAAGAAUUUCAUGCACAAUGGAGUGACCUACGCUCAACUAAAUCUUGUCUUAUUUGUUUGUGUCGGCCGCCAGAGCACAUGAUGCCCUGCCAACAUGCGAUAUGCGAAAAUUGCACUGUUGUAUUCGGUGAACGCAGCGCAGAAGCAGAGUAUCAUACUGUAAUGUGGCGGUGCCCGAUAUGCGAGGAUCCUUGCAAGCUUACCAUUCGGCAACUUCCACCAACAAAACAGCCAGUAAUUUUCGGCUUGGAUGGGGGAGGGGUACGGGGGAUUAUCCAACUCGGCUUGUUGCGAGAAUUGGAGAGACGGCUUGGCGGUAUUCCCUUAGCCCAGAUAGCUGACUUCUGCGGCGGGACAAGUGUCGUCUCAGGAGCAUUGUCCAACAUUGACAUGGUACUUAAUGGCUCACCUGCGGAGCUGAGCUUUUCGAGGUUCCCAGCGCUAGCUCGGGCAAUUUUCAAAACUUCUUACAGCAGCCAUAGCAAGUUCCCUGGGUUUCGUGGUAUACAACUUGUUAUGCUAGCUACGAAAAUGCUCACAGGGGGCCAAUACGACUCAGCAAACUUGGUUGCCGUUUUGAAAGGAGCUGUGGACUCCAAACGAAGGGUUUUUGACGUUGCGACUACAGAAACGUCCGGCUGCAAGGUGGCUAUUAUCACAAGUCGCGCUUCAGACGGGAAGGCGUGUGUAUUCGGAAAUUAUAGGGGUCAAUCUCAACGAACUGAAAAUUCCGCCUACGAAUUUUUACUUCCAGAGGACGAAAAACAUAAUCCAUUUUUGUGGGAAGCGUGA